CAAGCAUCGACAUCCUAGUCGCAUGACCUCCUUCUGUCGCAGAUACAGCUCACCUGUGCCAUAAUACCUUGCCAUUCCUCGUUGUGCCUUCCCGCGACCUUUUGGGGGCCUAUGCCGAUUCUCGACUAAACGUGGAACGUCAUGCGUGACGGUGUUUCUGCCUAGUACAUACAUACUACGACCCUACUCGAGCCUUGCAUCCACAUCCUACUACCCUCCAUCGAAACCAUUUGCCCAAUAUUGCGUCGCUCACUGCACUCAGUCCAUCCAGCUUCGGCGCGUGCUCCUCCCCCACCCUUAUCACCUCCCCACGGCCGCUAUCCGGGCUGAUCCAAGCCCCGGCUCUUCCGCCUUUCUCCAUCCGCGCAGUCGACAUGCCUUCCAACCAAGACGCCAUACCGGAGACUCCUCGAGUCAUCCCUCCGUCGCCCGCUUCAUCAGAACGGAGGUCAAGCUCACGAGACUACUUCGGACCCACGACGCGCUCCGCAGCGCGGCGACGACAGCGACUGGGAGAGGUGACGGAGGAAGAAAAAGAUGGUGCAGACUCGGACAAGGAGCGUUCGCGCGCGCGAUCUCGCAGCCCAACCGGCUCUCCAGAGUCUACCCGGCGCCGUAAUCGAAGAUCUCGCCCGAAGAUGCCGGCCGGCAAGCCCAAGGCCCAGACAAACGGCCAUACAGCGUCGUCCAACGGGUAUCUAUCGCCGCUCACGAAACCCGGCGGCGGUUGGCCCGACAUCUCUCGAUCCCCUUCUCCCCUCGGUCUUAUACCUCUCCACGGCCGUUACCGCAGCUUCAUCCAUCGCCAUGAGAUCCCGCGCAAGCUCCUCCAUGUAUCCAUCGGCUUCCUGACCCUCCACCUCUACAGACGCGGCAUACAACCCCUCCAGAUCACCCCGUGGCUGUUCGGAGCUCUCGUACCAAUUGCCACAAUCGAUAUAGUCCGCCACCAAUCCGAGACAGUAAACAACUUGUACAUCCGUUGCGUUGGCGCGCUCAUGCGCGAAACGGAGGUCUCCGGAUACAACGGUGUGAUCUGGUACCUUGUGGGCGCAUACACCGUGUUGCGCUUCCUCCCCAAGGACAUUGGAGUCAUGAGCGUGCUGCUGCUGAGCUGGUGCGAUACUGCAGCCUCUACAUUCGGCCGUCUCUACGGCCGCCACACAUUCCAACUGCGCAAAGGCAAGAGUUUUGCCGGUACGCUGAGCGCCUGGCUCGUUGGCGUCAUCACCGCCGCCGCGUUCUGGGGCUACUUUGUACCCUACAUCGGGACGUUCCCCAAUGAUCCCGAAGGCUCGUUCAUGUUUACUGGCCAACUCAACCUUAUCCCGGACUCAUUCAAGAACCUCAUCGGUUGGACCGCGGACACAUCCAGCGCUAUCAUCUCGGGCCCGUUCGCCCUCGGCGUCAUGAGCAUCGUCUCCGGUCUGGUGGCUGCUGGAAGCGAGUUCGUGGAUAUUUUCGGCAUGGACGAUAACCUCACAAUACCUAUCCUCAGUGGUAUCGGUCUGUGGGGCUUUUUGAAGAUUUUCGGCUGAUGUCUAGCGGUCGUGUAUACCCUUCGAUAAAUACAUUUGCUUUUGAUUCCCUUCCCCUGCCCUUAUUCGCCUUGUUGUUUACCCUACAACCCCCCCCCCCCCCCCC